CCCCUGCACGGAAACCACGGCCAGGGUAACCCCGGCCGAGCCGGUUCGCGCCCAGCCCGGUUCAGGUGACCAGGCGGGAGCUUGGCACACCUGGCGCCGUCCCCUGACCCCGCCCCGCGCCGGGCCGCACCCCUGAACGCUCUCUGGGCGCCAGCGGCGGCGGUGCAGGGCCAUGGCGGCGGCGCCAGCGGUGUGCGCCUCUCAGGGGACCCCGCCGGGUGCACCGUCAGCGCCGGCGGCCGCACCAGCACCCGCGGCCGGCCUGGGCCGCUGCCGGAUGGCGCUGCUGCUGGCCGUGGCGCUGGACGUGGCGGGCAUGGCGGCGCUGCUGACUGGCGUGUUCGCGCAGCUGCAGGUGCGCGGCCGCGACUUCGGGGACCUGCUCAUCUACUCGGGCGCGCUGCUGGUGUUCCUGAGCCUGCUGGGCUGGAUCCUCUGGUACACCGGCAACAUCGAGAUCUCGCGCCAGGAGCUGGAGCGCGACUACGGCCUGCGGCCCUCGGCGCUCGCCCGCCUGGCGCGCAAGCUCUCCCGCCGCUGGUCGGCGCCCGCCGCCUCGGGCCAGCGCCCCGCGCCCGGCUCCCGGAGAGCGCGCCGAGCCGCCCGCGCGCCCCCGCCGCCCGCCGCCGGCUCCCGCCGCGUGCGCCUGCAGCUCGCCACGCUCGAGGCCGGGCCCGGGGCGGCGGGCGCGGGCAGCGAGUGAGGCCCAGAAGUAGCCCAGUGUGUCCCACCCUGGCCUGGGCAGACCCAGGAGUUGCCAGUAACUCCCAGCCCCGUCACUCUGCACCCACCCCGUCACUCUGCACCCGCCCCAUCUACCUGUACCUCCUGCAGCCACACUGCGGGGAUGGAGUGUGAGCCCACAACCCAGGGCUGGGGACCCAGACGAGACGGGAGGCUGGCAGCGGCUGGGACCCCGGAUUUGUCCCAGACCCAUGACCUUCCCCACACAUGCUCCCCAAAGUGCAGAAGG